AUUCACCAAAGGUUUUCAUGUAGAUUUCAAAAUAAGUUUGGUACAGUUUAAAAAUCUUCGCACAACUUUUCGAAAAAGUUAUCGAAAGGGAUUCCAGAGCUUAUUAACAAUCCUAUUCAAGAAUACCAAAUAAUUACCCAUCCGCGUAAUGAAACUUGAAAAAAUUAACAAUUUCAACACCGGUACACGCAACUCUACACCGAUCAUACUCAUACGUGCAUGUAAACGAUUUGGGUGGAGUUAAAAAGCCAGAAUAGCUGAUCGACAAACGGACCAAAAUAUCGAAUUUGCAAAGACGCGAAAAUCUAAUUCGUAGAAUUAUCAUAAUGUAGAAAGUUCAAGUACAGAAAAUUGAAAAUACAGAAACGAGAAGCACAGAAAGACAAAAUAUAGAAAGUUUAAAACGUGGAACGGCAGAAUCUAAAAUCUGUAUACGGUUCUAUAUUAUCGAAACGAAUUCUGUCGUCUCUACAUUUGACAUUCUUUAUUCUGACCUUUCUAUUUUUUCACUAUUCCAUACCACGAGUUUCCAUAUCUCUAAAUUACACCGAAUAACAUUUUCGCUUCUUGAAAAAUUCGCUAUCGCGGCCCUUCCAAUUCUCGAUCUACCUACAUUUCAACCCCCACCCAGCUAUUUUCUUUGUCUCUAAACCGCGUGAGGUCAAAGGUCUGCAGCCCCUCGCGUAUUUAAGCCGCCAGCGUUACCUUACUUUCAGGCGGGAUCGUAUAGAAAGGACCUAACACGGCUUCGGAAAGUCCGUUAAUCCCGACAAGGAGACAGCUAGCCGCUAGUCCGGUGCCGCCAAGCUGCUCACUGUUCCACUUUGCAAUUGUCGUUUAACGAGCCUGCAUGCUGCACCACUCGUAACCCAUCUACUUGUCCCCGCAACGGACAGCUUUGAGCUUUCGGUUUGAUUCAGAUUGGUCCCGGAUACCGCGCUGCGGGCCGCAACCACCGGCUGGUAACGCGCCGCCCGCAUCCCCCAUUCCGCCCCCAGCCUCGCCCAGCUCUGCCCUCUGCCCCCGGGGCAGCGAGCCCCUCGCCGAGUGAAUCUAUGUCACAGUCAGUGCAUCCCUCGCGCUCGCUCUGCAAGCUCUGCAAGCUCUGCAGGCUCUGCAAGCUUUGCAGUCCGCCGCCGCCGCCGCCGCCGCCCUCCCGGCCUUCCGCUCAUUACUUCCGAGCAUCUUGUCCCGCCAAGAUUUGUCCUCGAGGGCUCCGAGUCGCGUCAGCGAUGAAAGUUAACGCUAGUGCAGAUAAAUCACGAACCUGCACCUUUGCCGAGAAUCGUUACUUUGCAAAGUAGAAUUUUUUUCAUCUCUCGUCAAUCAUUUCUACCAUUUUUAGUAAACAAACUUGGGACCAAAUUCGCCGGGUGAAAAUGUUCAACUUAUAUCAAAAUAUGAACCGGCGAGAAGAGGGUGAAAAUCGUCGUGAACCGGAUAUGACCGGACACGAUCGUUUCUGUCAAGUGCGGCCAAAGUCACGGCGUAAACGACGGCAAGUAACUCGACGGGCCCAAAGUGCAAUCGAAUUGGACACUGAGGCUAUGCUCUCUGCCAGAGGAGUUCUUGAUCGGCGUGGACGAAGCGCAAGCAUCGAGGACGACGAAAGUGAAGAAGAAAAAGGCUACCAGCUGACCAACAAAAUUGAUAGUCUUGCCAAGAUUUUAUUCAACCGAGUUACAGCAGCGCGUAACAGAGAACAGAAUGACAUUAGAAACGGACGGCAUCAGUACACUGCUCUGGAUUGCUACGGACCAUCCGCUUGUGAGGAUGUCGGCGAAUGUAUGGAGAUGGAGAAAAGAUCUAGGAUUCAAGCACUAACGAUUUGCCAAUCUCAUCUUAAAGGAUCAACACGGUACAGUCUGACAAAACAACUAAACAACGUUGGAUCUCGCGUCGACAAACAUUGGUUUGCGGUGAGAGAUACAACGCUGAAAGCCGACAGGCUCUUAACGCUUGCACCGUUGAGCAGAAACUGCCCAAUAAACAUCUGUUCGUCCAUACGAGAGACGCUGAAUCAUUUAUUUCUCGCGUUGCAACACCCAUAUAUUUGCCCUGUGCUUGAUCUCGACUUCAAGGAAUUCAAAGGGCAGAAUUAUGUGAUUCUUGUGCAACCCAUCAAUCAAGGAAGUUUGAAGGACCUCAUAUAUGGGAUCGAAAGGAAUUGUUGGAAUGAAGAUUGGAGUCAAAAAUACGUGACUCGUGGCAAGGGUCUACCGCUACCACAGGUGCAGCGAUUAGGUCGUCAAAUUUUAGAAGCAUUGUUAUUUCUGAAAGAGCGUGGCUUCCCAACAGUGACACACUUACAUUCUGGCAAUGUGAUUGUUCAAAACGGAGUCGCUCGUUUAGCAGGUUUAGAAAAUACUCUGCUCGGUUUCACAAGCCGUAUCUAUCCCGUUGUCACUUCCCGAUCGUCGCACUUAAACUUUAUCGACACGAUAUGUUUCGGCCAUGUGUUAUUCGAGAUGUGCGCAGGGUAUGAAUUGUGUUCAUUUAAACCAACAGAAACGCAACUGUCCGAUAUCAACAAGUACCCUCAGAUUCUUGAAAUUUUGGAGCUUAUAUUUGAACAGCCAGAUGCUCGCUAUCCCAGCGUGGAGGAGCUGCUGUUACAUGAUUUAUUCCGCAAUAUUGAUCUUCGCGAAAUGCGAAGUGCGCCGGUAACGAUGUUCCGUCCAACUUUAUCACCUCCCGUGGUUAACUUACUAGAUGGAAUUAAACGAAAACAUAUCAACAAGAGACUGGAGAGUAUUGAUAGUGAGGACGUUGUAUCGCUUGACAAUCCUGCACCGGAACAUAGAGAAGAAAUUGAGGAGUCUUCACUUCUUGCUGAGAUAUACGACGAGCUUUCGACUACAACUAUUUAAAAUCCAGACCAGGAGCGAUUUAAUUGAGUAAAUUUUUUUUUUUUUCGUAUUUAUCAGGGUUUAUUUUAAUUUUAUCGCGUUAAACAAUGUUUCUUUAUUGCGUUUGAAAAAACAACCAUUGUAGAUUUUUGUUAGUCACUUAUACGAUACUGUAUACCCACGUAUACCUCGUAAAUAUAAACAGAAAAUGAAUCAACACUCCAAUCAACUUUUCACUGUUUUACUAUCAAAAACAAUAAUUAACGCUGAGAAACUACUCGUACGAGUAUGGUCAUGCAAACGAACUUUGAACUAAUGAUAUUCCUGAGAUACUAAAGACUAUGAUAAGAAUAAAUCAAACACCUAAUACAAAUAUAAUAUAAUCGCGGUAUUAGAAUAGAUAAUGAAACACAAAAUGAUUACGUUAUUAUUUCAUUUUAAAUUUUCUAGAUGAAAAAUUUAAACUUCCCGCCAACGGUUAGGUACAUUAUGAUGAAUUAUCAAUAAUCAUAAAUCAUGUAAUCAAAGUUUUUAAUCAACACAAUAACAUAACUCAUUACACAUUUUUUGUUGCCAGGAUACCUUGUAAAACUUUGACAACAGACAAACAGUAGAUCUGAUAUAAAAAACAGUUCAAUUCAGAUUCUGAUCCAGAUUACAUGACACUGGUACAUAUAAUAGAUUGUGAGUUUUGUGAAAUUAUUUAUGUUUAUUCAUUAAUUAAUGUCUUAGAAGAAUAUUUUCACUCGUAGAAAAAGUAAUAAUGUCAAUUCGCUCAGUGAUAAUAUUUAUAAUUAAGUAAGAGAUGACCCAUUGAACACACAAUUUGCAUGAAGUGAUUAUUCUUACUAUCUUUGUAUCCAUCCGGAUUUAUCGAUAACCAACAAUUUCAAUUUUUUGACUUACAUAUAUUGUGGACACACAUAGAAAUUCUUGUUAUUCCAUAACUGUUGAAAAUUACAUUUUAGUAUGCUCCUAAAACUCUCUGCUCUAUGUCGAAAAAAAAAAAACGUGAGAAAUUUGGGUAUAUGUAUUACAAUAUUACAAAGAGAUUUUUAGGUAUAU